UCUCACUGAAAAAGAUUCACUAAUUGAAUUGGGAAAAAAGAGAAUGGGUUUUUUCUCCGAGCUCCAUUUUUUCUCAUUUUCUCUUUCGCUUUUACCUGUUUUUUCUGUGGCUAAUGUAACUUUGGGCUCCUCAUUGUCCACAACCCAUGCUAACUCUCCUUGGCUUUCACCUUCAGAGGAAUUUGCUUUUGGAUUCCGGCAACUCAACAAUUCAAACCUUUUCUUGCUUGCCAUAUGGUUCGAGAAAAUUCCUGAUAAAACCAUUGUUUGGUAUGCAAAUGGAAAUAACCCAGUGCAAAAAGGAUCAAGGGUGGUACUUUCGGCUAGUGGGCUAGUCUUGAACGACCAUGAAGGGCAAACAAUAUGGGAAGCGAAACCAGCUUCAACAGUGUCUUAUGCUGCCAUGCUUGACUCAGGUAACCUCGUGCUUGCAGCCAGCAAUUCUGGUUAUGUUUGGGAGAGUUUUAAGAAUCCCACAGACACCAUUUUGCCUACACAAAAAUUGGAUUUGGGUAGCGUUCUGUCUUCUCGCCUAACAACAACCAACUUCUCCAGGGGAAGGUUUGAGCUCCAUUUUGUGAAUGGAAGUCUUCAGCUGAAUCCUGUGGCCUGGCCAACUUUAUCCCGCUAUAAAUAUUAUUAUAGCAGCCAUACUUAUAAUAUAAAUCCUCAUGAAUCUGGAUAUCAGCUUGUUUUCAAUGAAUCAGCAAAUAUUUACAUCGUGAAGACGAAUGAAGAAGUCGUUCAAAUUCCUUCAUGGAGUGCUAUAAAUCACAUGGACGAUUACUACUACCGGGCAACACUUGAUUUUGAUGGAGUUUUCACACAGUAUGCUCAUCCGAAGAAUGCUAGCUCAAACCAGAGCUGGCAGCCUGUGGGAUCAAUCCCUGAAAACAUUUGUCUUGAAAUAUUCAAUGAGCUUGGAAGCGGUGCUUGCGGCUUCAACAGCUACUGCUCAAUUCAAAAUUGGAGGCCCAGAUGUGAUUGCCCCCCAGGCUAUGUCUUUGUGGAUCCAGAUAACAGAUUUAGUGGAUGUAAACCAACUUUCCCACAAGGGUGUGAUGUAGAUCAUGGUUUGAGAGAUCCUCAAGAGUUAUAUGAAAUAAGGGAAGUUCGUGACGUCGAUUGGCCACUUGGAGACUAUGAAAGAUUGGCACCUUAUAAUCAGACAGAGUGUGAAAAUUCUUGCUUGCAUGACUGCUCUUGUGCUGUUGCGAUCUUCGAUGGCAUGAGAUGUUGGAAAAAGAAACUGCCACUCUCGAAUGGAAGACUCAGAAGCUCUGGUUUCUCGAGGGUACUUUUCAAAGUAAGGAAAGAAGCUAAUCCAGGUUAUUGCACAGCAAACUAUGACAGAAACAAAGAUGAAUCAAUUCUUUUACGAGCACUUCUUGGAAGCUCUGCAUUUUUCAAUGUCGUUUUGCUAGUGAUAUCUCUAAUGGUCUCCAAGAGGCACAGAAGAAAAGGAGGAGGGAGUAGUGCCCAAAGUUCAAGUGUUUUUGAGCCAAAUUUGAGUCUCUUUACUUAUAAGGAACUUGAAGAAGCAACGGAUCAGUUCAAGGAAGAACUUGGCAGGGGUUCGUUUGGAAUUGUCUAUAAAGGUAUCCUGAAAUCUAGUUCAAGAAAACUUGUCGCAGUCAAAAAAUUGGACAGGUUGGCUCAAGAAAGGGAAAUGGAAUUUAAAACUGAAGUGAGUGCAAUUGGUAGAACCCAUCACAAGAAUCUUGUUGGAUUGCUUGGCUUCUGUGAGGAAGGGACUCACAGGCUUUUAGUUUAUGAGUUCCUGAGCAAUGGCACUUUAGCAAAUUAUCUCUUUGCACUUACCAGACCUGAUUGGAAUCAGAGAAUCCAGAUUGCCUUGAACAUUGCAAGAGGACUUGUCUACUUACAUGAAGAGUGUGAUGUACCUAUAAUCCACUGUGACAUUAAGCCUUAUAACAUACUUCUAGACGAGCAUUUCACUGCAAAGAUUUCCGACUUUGGACUGGCAAAAUUGUUACUCUCCAAUCGGUCUAGAACUCUUACUAUGAUCAGAGGAACAAAAGGAUAUGUGGCUCCGGAAUGGUUCAAGAACGUAUCAAUUACGGCUAAAGUGGAUGUUUACAGUUUUGGUGUGAUGUUAUUAGAGAUCAUUUGCUGCAGAAAAAGCGUGGUGAUGGAUUCAUCAGAAGAAGAAAGAGCAAUUCUAACGGAUUGGGCUUAUGUUUGCUAUGUCGAAGGAAGACUAGAUUUUCUGGCAAGCGACGAUGAGGCAGCCAUGGCGGACAAGGACAAACUGCGGAAAUGGGUAAUGAUAGCCCUCUGGUGCAUCCAAGAUGAUCCUGCAAACAGGCCUACGAUGAAAAUGGUAAUGCUAAUGCUAGAGGGCUUUGUUGAGGUCCCUUUUCCACCGUAUACCUUUCUUCAUCAAAAUGGAUGAGAAUUAAACUUUUCUCAAUUCGUUUCAUUGACUGAAUGCAUUGUUUAUUAUUUGCUUUCUAUUUUAUCAUUAUUUGGGUUGAUAAAUCUAUGAAUAGGAAUGAAACUUAGGCAGAACCCAUCAAAUAGCUGUUGUAACGUACCAAAAGAAAAGGCAUGCAUAAAACUGGAUUACGCAGUUAACUGGAAAAAAAAAAGUAAUAUAUUUGACUACCUUAUACUUGAUAUUUAAAUUACAUAGCUGCUCAAAAUUGAAAUUGGGAAACAUCAAGAUAGUUGACCGUUAUCUGCAAAGGACUAAGGUGUGAAUUUGAAAGUCGUUCCUGAUUGUCAUAUUUUUCAUCGCUUUCAGGACUAUUCGGGAAAAGGUUGAAAUUUGGUCCAAGGCCUUGAACUUGUUAUAAGAAGUUCACGUCUUGUUCUGAAAAUAACCUUGAAGAAAUGCUAUAGCCAAACAUACCCAGAUUGUAAAUUGGAUCUGUAUUAGGCAAUUACACAGGAGAUAUACUCGGAAUAUUAGUACUAGAUCAUUCCUUUGGAAAGUUCACUUGAGUAAUCUGUUUAUUGAGAAAAACUAUUCCACCCGAAUGACUGAGUUAGUAAACAACAAAUAAUAUCCCAUGACAACCCCAACCAUCCUUUCUCUUGGUGGGUGGUGUUACCAAUAUCAUGGUAAGGCACAACACCCGAGUUAAAUCCCAAGCUCAUCCACCACU